GUUUGUGGUUGCACUGUAUCAAAUCCAAACCAUAAUGCAUGAGAGAGAAUUUUCAUUUCCAAUUUUCCAUCAUCAUUUUCUUUUAACCCAACCCACACAACACAACACUAUUUUCUUCUCAAUCCAUAUCUCUCAUUCCCAAUUUCAUUUUUAUUUUUAUUAAUUUUUUUAUUUUUUAUUUUUCUGUUUUUCUCUUUUCUUACUCUUCCGUUGUAGCUAACUUUUUUUUUUGCUUUCCGUGGUUUUUUUAUCCGAUCGAUGAACACAGCUUCUUGGUUUCGUCAACUUUUGGCAUUAAAUGUUUUCCUCUUUUGGAAUUUGGCGUUGGGAUUAGCUUAGGGUUUCAAAAAAUCUCUCUCUCUCUCUCUGUGUUUUUUUUUGUUUUUGGAAUUUUUGUUUUUUGUUUUAAUGGAACCUCGCGUUGGGAAUAAGUUUCGGCUUGGCCGCAAGAUCGGCAGCGGCUCGUUUGGAGAGAUCUAUUUAGGUACUAAUAUUCAAACAAAUGAAGAGGUUGCAAUUAAGCUUGAAAAUGUCAAAACAAAGCAUCCUCAGUUGCUGUAUGAGUCCAAGUUGUACAGAGUUCUCCAGGGAGGAACUGGAAUUCCAAAUGUUAGAUGGUUUGGAGUAGAGGGAGAUUACAAUGUUCUCGUGAUGGAUCUGCUUGGACCUAGUCUUGAAGAUCUCUUUAACUUCUGCAGCAGAAAGCUCUCACUAAAGACAGUUCUCAUGCUUGCUGAUCAGAUGAUCAACCGUGUGGAGUUUGUUCAUUCAAAAUCUUUUCUACAUCGGGAUAUCAAACCUGAUAAUUUCCUCAUGGGCUUGGGAAGGCGGGCAAACCAGGUUUAUUGUAUUGAUUUUGGUUUGGCGAAGAAAUAUAGAGAUAGUUCAACCCAUCAACACAUUCCUUACAGGGAAAAUAAGAAUUUAACUGGGACUGCUAGAUAUGCUAGUAUGAAUACCCACCUUGGCAUUGAACAAAGUCGAAGAGAUGAUUUGGAGUCUCUUGGUUAUGUCUUGAUGUACUUCUUGAGAGGAAGUCUCCCUUGGCAAGGACUUAAAGCAGGAACCAAGAAACAGAAGUACGAGAGAAUCAGUGAAAAAAAGGUUUCUACCUCAAUUGAGGCCUUAUGUCGAGGUUAUCCAACAGAAUUUGCAUCAUACUUCCAUUACUGCCGCUCAUUAAGGUUUGAUGAUAGGCCGGAUUAUGCUUAUCUCAAAAGAAUAUUUCGUGACCUGUUUAUUCGUGAAGGAUUCCAGUUUGAUUAUGUGUUUGAUUGGACCAUCUUGAAGUAUCAGCAAUCACAGCUAGCCACUCCUCCGGUACGAGCCAUUGGUCCCAGUGCUGGAACUAGUUCUGCAAUGCCACCGGCUGUGACUAAUGCUGAUAGACAGACAGAGGAAGAAGGGCAACCUCCUGGUGUGGUGUCGGUGGAUUCCACAAGACGAAGAAUGUCAGGCCCCAUUUUAAAUUCUGUAAAUAUUUCAAAGCAGAAAAAUCCAGUCACCUCUGAUGCUGCUGUUAAUAAGGAAGCCAUGUUAUCAAGUACCAAUAUCCUGGGCCAGUCAAGUGGAUCAUCGAGGAAAGUUGCUGUUUCUAGUAGCCGUGAUGUAUUUGUUGGUACUGAUUUGGAUCUUCGUACUCGUACCACUGAGGCUAGCCCUGGAACAACACACAGAAUUUCAAGUGGACAUAGAAGUUCAGCACUUGGAUCUUCAGAUCCCAAGAAAGCAGUAUCAUCUGGAAGAAAUGCUUCUCAUGUCAAGAAUUAUGAAACUGCAGUCAAGGGCAUUGAGGGUUUGCAAUUAGAAAAUGAUGAGAGGGCCCAUUAUUAAUUUCUCAUCUUUUCAUGUUGUAUAUAUAAAUUUGAGUUGACUGGCACUGCAACAGUUGCGUAUGUUACUGAGGUGAGCUGUGAAAGAAAUCUGGGCAUGCUGUUGUUAUACCUUGUGCUCAUACUGAUCAAGCGGAGAAGCUGGAAGAACUUGAGCUAAAUCAGGAGUUGUUCUCGCUGUAAAGCUCAGGUCUAAAUUGACACUCUUGUGGCGGGAACCCUAAAUUUUGUAACCUUUUCCUGUGAGUUAUUACUAAUUUACCAGAUGCUUACAGUGUCAUGUGGACCAGAUAGUUCAAAACUAUCAAAUACCAGCAAAAACCUGUACCCAUGUUAUGGAUAAGAUUCAAUGUUUCCAUGAUUGUCUGGAGAUUACUGUGGUAAUAGGAAUGUACAAGACUUCAAGGCUCUUGGAAUGUUUCUACCUUGUUAAAUCUUAUCAGCUUG